AUGCAGAGGUCACGGCUAAACCGCGAUCACAUCUCUUUCAACUCAAGCAUCUCAGCAUGCGGGCGAGGAGGUGCAUGGAUCCAUGCUCUUCGCUUGUCCAGAACCUUGCCGACGGCGGGGUUGAGCUGCGACGUGGUUACAUUGAACGCAGGAAUCUCCGCUUGUGAGACUCUCGGCUGCUGGACGAUGGCUUUGGCAAUCCUACGUGACAUGUGCGAUGGAGUGAAGCUCAACCUGGUGACCUUCGGCGCCAUGUUGAGUACUGCCAGAAGGGCGGCUGCGUGGGAAGUGGUGCUUGCAUCUCUGCUUGAAAUGCGUCCGCGUUCCCUCCACCCGAACGAGGUUUGCUGUAAUGCAGCGCUGUCUGCAUUGCGCGCGCAGCGUGGCAAGUGGGCAGCCGCCAGCUUGUUGGCCGCAGAGCGCCUGACCUCGGCAUCGACCAGCUUGGUGCUGAGUUCCUUGCUGGGCCAGGGCGGCCAGGGCGGCCAGAGUGGCCAGGGCCAGGGCGCUUGGCGGGAGGUAUUCCGACUUUUCUUGCAGUGGGAAGACAUGUCCAUCUUGCCGACAGUGGCGGCCAUGAAUGCAGGAAUCACGGCUUGCCACAAAAGCAGUCGCUGGGAAUUGUCCCUGUCCAUGCUCGACAAGAUGAUGUCUUCCAGCGACCUGAGGCCUGAUGCCAUCACUUGCGCAUCGACGCUGGGCGGCUGCGAAAGGGGGCAGCGCUGGCAGCUCACUGCCUUGCUGCUGCGAGCCUUCCGCCGUCUCUCCACACGACUGGAUCUGGCGGUGCACCAUGCGGCGCUCAGCGCAGCUGCAAAAGGCCACGCCUGGCGAUCCGCUACAGAUGCAGUGCACGAGGCCAUGCAGCGAGGCUUUCUAUCCUCCAUUGCCAUCAACACUGCAGCCUUCGCCUGUCAGAGCGCGAAGCGCUGGAGGUGGUCUUUCGAGCUUUCUGGUCAGCUCAGGACUACUGCCGUGCGUCCAGAUCAUUUUGCUGUAACGUCCCUGCUGGCCUCGGCGUGGCCCGUUGCUCUGCACUCGCUCGAGGGCUUCGACUUGCUGCUUCUGAAGCCGGACGACCUUGCCUGCAGUUCCAUCCUGACGACCCUCUCAGUUGAAGAAUGCUGGCAGAGGGCUUUGUUGCUGAAGCAACGAUUUCCAACAGACAUGGGAGACGCCCUCGCGUGUGAUGCACUGACCAGCGCCUGUGAGACUUCGAGAGGGAUCAAGCCUCUUCCAGCAUUGUUGGAGGAGGCGGCCUUUGUGUUGAGGCAAUGUCAGAAAGAGUUCAACUUGAACAAUCGUGCUCAGGAGCAGAAGAAAAUCUGGGAAGCACUUGGGAUGACCAAAGCGGCCGUAGAAAUUGCAGCACCGGCAACAGGGGAGGCUCCUGCCGAGGCCCAGCCUGCUGCGGAGGUGAAGAAGGAAGAUGCACCAGCCGAAGCUGCCGCACCUGCAGCGGAGGCCCCUGCCGAGGCCCAGCCUGCUGCAGAGGUGAAGAAUGAAGAUGCGCCAGCCGAAGCUGCCGCACCUGCAGCGGCGGAGGCUCCUGCCGAGGCCCAGCCUGCUGCAGAGGUGAAGAAUGAAGAUGCGCCAGCCGAAGCUGCCUCACCUGCAGCGGCGGAGGCUCCUGCCGAGGCCCAGCCUGCUGCAGAGGUGAAGAGUGAAGAUGCGCCAGCCGAAGCUGCCGCACCUGCAGCGGCGGAGGCUCCUGCCGAGGCGCAGCCUGCUGCGGAGGUGCAGAAGGAAGAUGCACCCGCCGAAGCUGCCGCACCUGCAGCGGCGGAGGCUCCUGCCGAGGCCCAGCCUGCUGCGGAGGUGAAGAAGGAAGAUGCACCAGUCGAAGCUGCGGCACCUGCAGCGGCCGAGGCUCCUGCCGAGGCCCAGCCUGCUGCGGAGGUGAAGAAGGAAGAUGCCCCAGCAGUGGAAGAAACCCCGGCAAUAUCGGAUGAGCUGCUUGCUCAGCUCAAGACAGCUUUCGAUGCGAUUGACACGAAUGGUUCGAAGUUUAUCGAGGCGUCCGAGCUGAAAACAGCAUUGGGAAAAUUGAAGGUGGAGCUCUCUGAAGACCAGGUUGAUGAAGUGUUCAAGAGUGCAGACAUCAACAAGGAUGGGAAGCUCAGCUUUGAUGAGUAUAAGAAGCUGGUGUGCACAGGUAUGUCUUUGGCCCAAUGA